GUUCGAUAUGGCUCCAGAGCUACCUGAAUGGAAGGAACGGGGCACCGGAUACCUUAAGAUUCUAAAGCAUAAAAUAACCGGGGACUAUAGAAUUUUGAUGCGACGCGACAAAACACUUAAAGUCUGUGCAAAUCAUUACAUAUCUGCAGAAAUGUCUCUAGUUGCUAGUUGCGAAAGCGAUCGUGCUUUUGUGUGGACGGCUCAGUUCGAUUAUGCUGACGAGGUACUGAAGAAGGAACUUUUUGGUGCUCGCUUUGGGUCCUCGCAAAAUGCUAAGUCAUUCAAAACUAUCUUCGAGAAUGGUGUUUUGCAUAUUAAAACUAAAGAGUCAUGUGCAUCAAAAGCUGAUUCUUCUGAAACCAAUAAGCUGGCAAAUGAGCUGCAAUAUCUAAAAGUGAAUGAGUUGUCGGCCAGCGCAAAAGUAUCUCCAGAUAAAUAUAAUACAAUUUCUGAACAGAGAUCAGAAAUUUUUAACAAAUUUUCAAGUGAUAUUUCUGAUAAAAAAGAUGAGCACAUAUCCAAGGAUGAACAAAAUCAUUGCGAGUCAACUGAUGAGCAAAAGGCUUGCAUGAUGCUUGCAAUCAUAUUUACUUGCCUAUGCCUUAAAAACUAA